AUUCAGUGAGAGCGAACACACCCAUGUGUGACAACUGGGCUGACGCUGUUUGCCCGCCUGUCAUAUCCGCUUGAGCCUCUCUGUAUUGGUGAUACACGGUGAACGCGGUGUCGGUUUACUCUUCGACUCUCAUAUUCCUUAACCGCGAGUGACAGAGAUCCGGACCUAGAAGGCUGAAUUCCGUGUGCUCGCCACAAUAUUAACAAUAUUCGGGAAGAUCGUCGAUGCUCACGGCACUAUUUUAGAAUGUAAAAGACCGUAGAGAACAUGGAAAGAUAACCGAUGUUCUUCUUUUGUAGUGCUGUAUUUUAAUUUUCAAAAUAUCAGGUACACAUGACGGUUCCAUUUUUGACACCCUGUUUUACUUUUCUUUUGGUCUUUCUCCUCACUGGGAUUCUACCGUGGCGCCUUGACUAACUGCUGACAUGGCUUCAAGAUAGAGUACGGAUGGAGACUCAACUCGAAGUGAUUCACUGGUUAGGCACAGUAGCAGUAACGAGUUACUUACAAGUAUCUCGUAUUUGCAGCAAUACCAUAAUAAGACCUUGAAAUCAUUCCUCAACUAUUAGCUGAAAGUCUCACUCUGAACAAAAGCUGUGGUUGCUGAUAAUGCCCCAUUCCCAAGUGCAGCUGGUGGUGACAGGAGAUGACUUUGGCUAUUGCCCAAGGAGGAAUCGUGGCAUCGUAGACUGCUUCUUGCAGGGGGCCAUAUCCAAUGUAUCUCUGCUAGUAAAUGCUGCCUUUGCAAAAGAUGCUGCAGAACUGGCGAAAAGGCAUAACAUUCCCAUUGGACUCCAUGCCAAUCUAUCUGAGGGCCUCCCCAUUUGUGAAAAGCUCCAGAAGGGGUCCUCACUUCUUAACCAGGAUGGGUUCUUUCAUGGCAAAAUGGGAUUCAGGAAGAUGUUACAGGAGAUGCAGCUAAACAUGUCAGAGGUGGAACAGGAACUAAGAGCCCAAGUGGAGUUGUUCCAGGAACUGACUGGUCAUUUGCCCCAUCACAUGGAUGGACAUCAGCAUGUGCACGUGCUUCCAGUGCGAGACAUCUUUGCUCGAGUACUGUCAUCUCACCAAAUCAAAUUCACACGAGUUCCCAUUGAGCUCGGACUUCACGACUGCAGCUGGAUUGAGCCCCACCUUAAAGACUUUUACCUGCAAGUGGAGAAAGAUUCACUAAACUCUGUGGAGGUGUUUAUAAAACAUGACAUCAGGUGGCCUGAUGCAUACAUUGGUCUGACAACCAUGGGAAAAAAUAUGUCUGUAAGUCGACUAAAAAAUGCCCUGCAAUGUAGCAUGGACACAAUUUUACGCAGGGAGAUCAGAGCAGGUGCCACUGCACCGUCACCGAUUGGCACCUCGCUGCAGCCCCGAUGUGUUACCAUGGAGCUGAUGGUCCAUCCAGGUUAUCCUAGCCUCCCGGAUGAAGGUGGCUGCGGAGAAGGCCCAGAUGACUUUUCACAAUCUCCAGAGCGAUUGCAUGAAUUUCAUACCUUGAACAGUUCUGAACUGCUAGAGUUUUACAAGGAGAAGAAUUUACGACUUUGUGCUUUUAAAGAUCUUUGUAAACCCCCCUUUUCACUUUUAAAGUGAGUUGGCCUUUUAGGAACGAUGCAAG